AUGAACACCAGCCUGUCCACGGAAAUACCGUACUCGAACGAUGAUGACCACCGUAGCAAACCUACGAAUGCAUCUCACAAUAACAACGGAUCCUGCGUGAAUGCGCAUGAGAACAACACAGACGGCCAAGACCGGUUUGCCUUUGCCUGUGAUGAUCCACCAUCUGAUGCGCGGUUGCAUCCCUCCGACAGCUUAGACGAUGAUUUGGAGGAUGUGUACAAGACUUGCAAUAGCCAGUCGGUGGUCGAAUGGAUCAACGAUGACGAUGAGCUGGAACGGUUGGAUCUGCCGAUCGAGCCCUUGGACCCGACCGGUACCGUGUUCAACCGGGUUGAUAGUUCCGACAUCAUUUACCAAGAGAAGAAGAAAAAAUGUAAACUCGUCGGGAAGUACGUAAUGGGCGACGUACUGGGUGAGGGCAGUUACGGCAAGGUGAAGGAAGUGCUCGAUUCAGAAACGUUGAAUCGUCGCGCAGUAAAGAUUCUAACCAAACGCAAACUACGACGUAUUCCAAAUGGCGAGCAGAAUGUGCGGAGCGAAAUCAAGUUGUUGCGAAAGUUGCAGCACCGCAACGUGAUCGAACUGCUGGAUGUGCUGUACAAUGAGCAGAAGCAGAAGAUGUAUCUCAUCAUGGAGUACUGCGUCGGUGGGCUGCAGGAGAUGCUGGAUUCGGUGCCGGAAAAGCGGCUACCGAUACACCAGGCGCACGACUACUUUGUCCAGUUGUUGGAUGGGUUGGAGUAUCUGCACGGUUGCGGUAUCAUACACAAGGACAUCAAGCCGGGCAAUCUGCUGCUAACACUGGAUCAUACACUGAAAAUAUCGGAUUUUGGUGUAGCGGAAGCAUUAAAACCUUUCGCCCUAACGGACGAAUGUACGACCAGCCAAGGAUCGCCAGCCUUCCAACCUCCGGAAAUUGCGAAUGGGCAUGAUGUAUUCUCAGGGUUUAAAGUUGAUAUCUGGAGCACGGGCGUUACACUGUACAAUAUAACUACCGGAUUGUAUCCGUUCGAAGGUGAUAAUAUUUAUAAACUGUUAGAAAACAUAGGUAAAUGUGAAUGGUAUCCGCCGUCAUGGUUAGAGCCCCGGCUGGCCGAUUUGCUCGUUAACAUACUGCAGGCGGAUCCACGUAAACGGUUCACCCUGCAACAGAUACGGCACCAUGAAUGGUUCCUGUUUGCCCCUGAUGCAACGAGCCCGCUCGUACCGAUACCACCGUUAAAAGGCGAUUGGAAUAGAUGUUCCACCGUGCUGCCUUACCUGAUAGCUCACCACUACGAGAAAGAUCGCGACAUGCCGUACUACACGGAGCACGAUGUGAAUGAAAUGGCACGCCAACAGCACGAUCAUUACACGGACGAUGGACUGUACGAUCGCACCUAUCUAAUGGCACAGCCGCUAGAGUCACUAUCGUUCCAUUCGGACGAUCCGGGCAGCGAAACAGGGACGACGCGACGUGCUUACCAGCCGCAGCCAAACAGUGGCAGUGGCUGUUCCACCGUAGAUAAACGGCCGUCGCGAAGCUUCUCACUGUCACCGAAACCAAGCAUAAAGCACAUGAUCGGUAGCAGCUGUCCGGCUACGACGGGCAACAGCAGCAAACGACGCUCGCGCAAAACCGUCUCCUGUAUAUCGUGGCGCAAGUGGCCCCACUGCCGCCAAUCUUGAAGAGAUCCCG